UUUACAGGGCGCCACUUUUGCAUAUGGUUUUGUUUUCGGUUGCACAGUGUUUGAUUUAUGUGAAUUUAAUGAUAGGAAGGCAUUAAGAAUACAAAUAGAAGAAAAAGGGCAUAUUACUAGAGCGGAACGAGUGAAGAUUAUUUGUGGUUGUGAAUUUAGUGCAUAAGUGGCAGUCAAUGAGUUAAAUACUCUCUAUGUGAUGUUAGUAUCAUAAGGAAACAAAGUGUUUAGAAUGGCUCAUCGUGAUUGACCGACUAAAUCUUGCAGCGUGCACGCGUGUUGGAGCGGGUUAAAUUAUUUAGUAUAAGAUUGCUUAACGGAGAGGUGGGACACAGUUGAAGAAAAUGGCGCAAAACAAGCGACUUCGGUAUGCGAACAACGCGGACAACGUGGCGUAUUACCACGUGUACAAAUACAAUUCCUUGCAGCGAUUAAAUAAGACCAAAAGCAUGCACGGCGUCAAGCGUGUGAUCGCGUUCUGCAUACUGACCGCGAUCCUGCCGGCAUCGCUCAUCAUACUGCCGCUCUACUUGCGGCACACGGUUUUUGCGGACGUUGUCUACCCGAUCGCCGAAUCGGACAUCAUCGAAAUCCGCGAUGGAAUCUCGUCCGUGUUCUGCCAGAAGCACACGCUACAGAUGAACACCACGUUCAAUGCGUUCCAGCUCGAUCACGAGCCGGAGGUGUCGAAGAACAGGAAGCACAUACGGUUGAAAAAAUCCAUGUCCCUGCCGGACGAUACGCUCGAGUACUGGGGGUUCUACCUGCUGAAAGGGGCGACGGUGGCGCUUCGGGUUUGCUCCCGUUUCGACGGUUCCCGGAUAUUGGUGGUGAAGGGUGAACGAAACCUGCGUACCUGUGGUUUGCUCGAGCACAACAGCAAUAAAAUUGACAAUUACCUCAACAAAGAGCACGGCCAGGUGCUGGUCACCUUUGAAUCGGCGGCCGAGUUUAUCGAGUAUUCGGGUGAGCAGAAGGGAACGUCCAAUUUACCUGCCGAUGGAAAUCAUGGUGGGGAAGAUGUGACGGAUGAACGCCCUUCGCCGGAGGAAACGGCCUCAAUGUUGCAUCGUUUGCACACUUCGAAAGAGGCACGUGCCCAAACCACAAGAACCACUGACAAUGAGCUCGAUAAGAGCAAGCGAACGACGGCACCGGUGUACGACACUUCGGGAAGAAAAGUGCAACACGCGACGACUAAGCGCAUCGGCCGUCCGGUGUCAGUUACGAUCAAGAAUGUACCAACGCAGGCGAGCACGACAACAACGACAACCACCACGACCACCGAGGUGCCAACAAGCACGACAGAAAAUCUCGUUAAAAAGUAUCGAAACUUCCGCGCCACCGAAGCGGGACCUUUGGCGGAAAUGGACGAUGGUAGCGUCCACCGGAAGCGUCACAAUCACAACAAAACCGGCCAUCGACAGCAGUCCGAAACGGUGUCGUCGAAGGAAGGUGAACAAAUCGUGCCGCCUGAUAGUGUGGAUCGAUCGGAUCAGCAACCGGCGACCGGUAAGCGACAGAGACGACGUCGCCGAAGGCGCGAUCUUGUGUACGAUCGUGCGAUCAAUCAUGGUGGCACGGCAAUGAACUAUUCCAACAACACGUCCGACUCGGUAUCGAGCUUUGAGAACAGUUUGCUGUCCUGUUACGAUGGUGACAUACUGCUCGCGCACAGUUUCCCACCGAGCAAAUCGUGCCAGAGCGUGCAGUAUCUCGAGGGUGCCUCGCAUACCGUCACGAAGCAUGAGGUGGUAUCGGACGGUUAUUACUAUUACAUUUUCUACAGCGAUAACGACUACGUGCAGAAUGAUAUACACGCAAUGUUUGACAUCUACAAACCAACGUUCCAGUACUCGAACAUAUCGGAUUCGAAGGGAUGCAUUAACAGUACGCACUGUUCGUUCCCGAUCACUUUCUGGUCGAACGAGCGCGUGAUCGUGGAAGUACCGACCCGGGACGGUAUCGAGCAUGAGGAUGAUGAUAUUACUAUGCUCGUAUCGACAUGCCAUCCGCGAAUGGCCAUUUACAUUAUCUUUCCCGUCAGCGUGCUAAUUCUUGUGUUAACUUGUGCUUUCUUGUAAGGAACAUGGGAUGUUUUGUAUGGCGUUUGAUUGGAGGCGGCGAUCGUACAUCCUACGGGAUACGCACAAACGGUUGGAAAGGUGCCAUAAAGAGAAUGAUUUAACCAUGGAUACGAAUCCGAAUCGCCGUGGGAAAUUAAACAUUGAGGGCUCAUUAAUGUUAAGUGCAUUCGUUGAUUUACUUAGUAAGCUGAUGUAAAAUUGACACCAGUAGGCUAGCCAAAAAAUAUCCACGCAACGGUUGAUUUUAUUGCGUAAUUGAAGCGACACUAGGUGCAAUACGAUAGGGUCGAACUCCUUUAAGAAUCUGGUAGAAUGGCGAAGUAAAGGAUUGGCACAGACAGACCCUAGAUUAAAGUGAGAUUAAUAGCCAAACCGAAAGUGCAAUAAGUACAAGAAACAAAUCUGUUUUAAUAUUUUAAAGCUUAUCCCUUACGGUUUUAAAGUUUCGCUAUAAUCACCUGUAAUGCGAAAUGCGUCCAAAAAAUGUCGAACGGUAAAACAUUGAAAGAGAACAUUAUAAACUCAUUACACAAGCUAGUCGGCAGUAGUUGCAAGAAAGAUAAUUAGUAGGACAAAGAUUAAAACAAACGACAAAAGAAAUACAACACACGUCAGGAAUCUAGCAUCAGGGAUAACACAAUAAGACGAUAAACAAAGCAAAUGGUUUUUUUUAUUUGUAAUGUGUGCAAAAAUAUGUAAAAAAAUAGUUUUGUUGGUUUUUCUCAAACAAUGUUUAGAAUAAGAAUCUUUUUUGUGUAUUUUUGCUAUUUUGGCACAUAAUCCUGUAAAGUUUUUCUAAUUCCAUUUUGAGGCAUCUUCUAUCUGUUUCAAUUCCAAAAACUACUAUACAAUUCCAAGCAUGACGUUUAAAAUUUUCAAACAAUUACUAGUGUUUACUCUAUCGUAAAUGCAGUUGUGUCAUAUGUUUUGUAAGCUAUAGUGGUUUUAUUUUCUCAUAUGUUAGGGUUUAUACUCAUUACUAAGGAAUAGAUAUAGCACUAGUGAUUACAGUACUUGAACUUCCCGUUUCAGCGUACAAGGCAAGUUCUGUGUUGAGCUGAACACAGAUAAGGAUAUCAUAUCAGUUGCGCAAAUUAUUGUGACCGCUGUUAUUAGAGCCGCCACUAGAAAAAGUUUAAUGAUGCAAGCAUGAUGCAAUGCAAUGUCGCUGUGUGUUGAAUUGUGAUAUAAGAAAACAACAAAAUAUAAAGAAAAUUUGCAGGUACGGUUACGCAAACGUAUUUGUUCGUGCUGCGUAAUUAAAAAAAAAACGAUUUAUCGUUACCAAUACUGUGUAGUUACCAAACCGUGGUAACCAAAGGAAGCCAAUGCUGGUAGCGUACUCCGUACAAAUAUGAACCGAACGAGGCUAUAGAAAUGUUAAGGUACACUAAAUUCACCAACAUAUGACUGUGGAUUUGUAUAAUAAAC